GGCAGAAACCCGGAGACGCUGUCGUCGACUUCGCUCCUGCUGCUGGCGUCUCUGCCGUUGCCUUCGACCCCUUCAGCUCUCUCCCGGACUGCUUCUGAGGGGACCUCGGGUUCGCACGCUCGCCCCGCGCCGGAGCGCCCCAGCCCGGCCAGGGAGCGGCCCCUUGUAGAGGUCUAGGGAGCCUCCCGAGGUCCGUCCCGGCGCCCGGCGUCCGACCCUCCCACCGUUCGGCCCACCGGCCCGCUUCUUCCUGAUGCAGACUGCCGUCCACUAGAGGCUGGACAGGACCCCCGAGGUGAUUCAUGGCAGGGGACGUGGAAGGUUUCUGUUCUUCUCUCCAUGACACCAGUGUCUCUGCUGGAUUCAGAGCACUGUAUGAGGAGGGAUUGCUUCUCGAUGUCACUCUGGUUAUUGAAGACCAUCAAUUCCAGGCCCAUAAAGCACUCUUGGCCACCCAAAGUGAUUACUUCAGAAUUAUGUUCACUGCAGACAUGAGAGAACGAGAUCAGAACAAAAUUCAUUUAAAAGGUCUAACAGCUACCGGUUUCAGCCACGUUCUUCAGUUUAUGUAUUAUGGAACUAUAGAACUGAGUAUGAAUACUGUUCAUGAAAUCCUUCAGGCGGCAAUGUAUGUUCAGCUUAUAGAAGUGGUGAAGUUCUGCUGUUCUUUCCUAUUAGCCAAAAUCUGCUUAGAAAAUUGUGCAGAAAUUAUGAGACUCUUAGAUGAUUUCGGUGUUAACAUCGAGGGAGUCAGGGAGAAGCUGGACGCUUUUCUGCUAGACAACUUUGUGCCACUCAUGUCCAGGCCUGACUUCCUGUCCUAUCUGAGCUUUGAGAAGCUCAUGUCUUAUCUGGAUAAUGAUCAUCUGAGCAGGUUUCCAGAAAUAGAGCUGUACGAGGCUGUGCAGUCUUGGCUGCGACAUGAUAGACGACGAUGGAGACAUACAGAUACCAUCAUUCAGAACAUCAGGUUUUGUUUGAUGACUCCAUCCAGCGUUUUUGAGAAGGUUAAAACCUCAGAAUUUUAUAGAUAUUCUCGACAGCUACGCUAUGAAGUUGACCAAGCAUUGAAUUACUUCCAGAACAUUCACCAGCAGCCCUUGUUAGACAUGAAAUCAAGCCGUAUUCGUUCUGCCAAACCACAAACUACAGUAUUCCGAGGAAUGAUUGGACAUAGCAUGGUUAAUAGUAAAAUACUUCUUCUAAAGAAACCAAGAACCUGGUGGGAACUGGAGGGCCCCCAAGUACCUCUGAGGCCAGACUGCCUUGCUAUUAUCAAUAAUUUUGUAUUCCUGUUAGGUGGAGAAGAACUGGGCCCAGAUGGCGAAUUCCAUGCAUCUUCAAAAGUGUUCAGGUAUGAUCCAAGACAAAAUUCUUGGCUGCGCAUGGCAGACAUGUCUGUACCCCGUUCAGAAUUUGCUGUUGGUGUUAUUGGGAAAUUUAUUUAUGCUGUAGCAGGCAGAACAAGAGAUGAAACUUUCUACUCGACAGAAAGAUAUGAUAUCAUUAAUGAUAAAUGGGAAUUUGUAGAUCCUUAUCCAGUUAACAAAUAUGGACAUGAGGGGACAGUACUCAAUAACAAGUUGUUUAUCACUGGAGGAAUCACUUCGUCUUCCACAUCUAAACAAGUAUGUGUGUUUGAUCCCAGUAAAGAAGGGACCAUAGAACAGCGGACCAGGAGAACUCAAGUAGUCACCAAUUGCUGGGAAAAUAAGAGCAAGAUGAAUUAUGCCAGAUGCUUUCACAAGAUGAUAUCUUAUAAUGGCAAGCUUUAUGUCUUCGGUGGUGUCUGUGUGAUCUUGAGGGCCUCUUUUGAAUCUCAGGGCUGCCCUUCCACAGAGGUGUACAACCCAGAUACUGAUCAGUGGACCAUCUUGUCAUCCAUGCCAAUUGGUAGAAGUGGCCAUGGUGUGACUGUGCUGGACAAACAAAUAAUGGUCCUUGGAGGGCUUUGUUACAAUGGUCAUUACAGUGAUUCCAUUCUCACCUUUGACCCAGAUGAAAAUAAGUGGAAGGAAGACGAGUAUCCUCGAAUGCCCUGCAAGCUGGAUGGUUUACAAGUGUGCAACCUACAUUUUCCUGAGUAUGUACUGGAUGAGGUUAGGCGUUGCAACUGAUGUCAUCUUUCUUCCUAAAAAUAAAAAGGCAAAUAAAGCAUUUGUAAUAGUUUAAAAGCAUCAAGAAAAACCUCACCAGUUUUACUAUCAAAGCCAUUGGUCUAAUAUUGUAAGUUUUCAUUCUGUGCUAGCAUCUUUCUUUUCCUUUCAGUGGCCUCAAACUCAUGCAAUAAGUUCAUUUAAAGCGCUAGCUCUUGAAACUACUUCCAAAAGCAGUUUAUACUGCUCCCCUUACCAGGGAUGUUGAUUUUUCUGCUUUAAACAUUUAUUUCAGAUGUUAGUGUAGGAUUUGUGCAUCUUCUAAGAGAAGACCCAAUAAGUGUCACUGGAUGUGAUUUCAGUCCCUCUCUAUCUGAACUCUUUUUAGACAUUGUUUUA